CUGAUCAAUAUUCUCAGUUACACUCUAUAAAUAUUAAUUCUUUUGGCUCUGGUUUUGCAUUUUCCUUUGUCUUUAGAAUCAAUCUCUCUCUGUUCUUUACAGUAUUCAAAAAACACUCUCUGAAAUUCCCCUGAACACUCUUGUCCCUAAUGAUGGAUGGAAAGCAAGUCAGAAUUGUAUCUUUAUUGAUACUAGAUACAAUCUUCUUCUUACUAGAAGUCAUAAUUGGUUAUGCAGUUAACUCCCUAGCUUUAAUUGCUGAUUCCUUCCAUAUGUUGAACGAUAUCCUCUCUCUUUUUGUUGCCUUAUGGGCUGUCAAACAAAAGAAGAAGGAGGCCACUGCUGAUUAUACUUAUGGCUGGCAAAGAGCUGAAAUACUUGGUGCUUUGAUCAACGCCGUUUUCCUAUUGGCCUUGUGUUUUUCGAUCCUUAUUGAAGCUAUCCAGAGAUUGAUUUCUCCCCAGAUUAUCACCAAUCCAAAGCUAAUUCUCUAUGUUGGUUGUGCAGGUUUAAUCUCCAAUUUCGUUGGUUUGGUAUUGUUCAAUGAACAUGGCCAUUCGCACUCUCAUUCCUCAUCCUCGAGUAAACAUUCUCACUCUCACGCCAAUGCUAAUAACUCAUCUUCAGUCAGUCAUUCCUCCUCGGAAAACAUCAAUGAAAUGUUACCAGAGACUGUUGUUGGAAGAAUCGACGAUGAAAGAACCUCUUUGUUACACUCCAAAAAUACCCAAGCUCAAGCUCACUCCCACAACCAUGCUCACACUAAGAAACACUAUCAUGAUAAUCCACAUGAACAUACCGACCAUGAUCACUCUGAUCAUUCGGAUCAUGAAGACCUUGAAACUCAAUUGGUACAGCAAAAACCUAAAAAAUCACUUAAUAUGAAAGGUGUCUUUCUUCAUGUUCUUGGUGAUGCUUUAGGUAACGUUGGUGUCAUAUUAACUGCUUUAUUCAUUUGGAAAACAAACUACUCCUGGAAAUACUAUUUCGAUCCUAUCAUCUCCUUAGUUAUCACUGCCAUUAUUUUCUCUUCAGCUCUACCUCUUUGUAAAACCUCUUCAAAGAUUUUGUUGCAAGCAACUCCAAAUGACAUUUCUGCUGAUGACGUUCAAUAUGAUAUCCUAAAUUUAUCCUAUGUCAAAUCGGUCCAUGAUUUCCAUAUUUGGAAUCUCACUGAAGAUAUCUUAAUUGCUUCUUUACAUGUCGAAUUAGAUGCCUCUCCUGAAAAAUUCUUUGAUAUCUGUGUUCAAAUUAAAAAAAUCCUACAUAAAUAUGGUAUCCAUUCUGCAACUAUUCAACCAGAAUUCAAAUCCUUGGAUUUUAAUACUAUCAACUCUAUAAACCCCAUUAGUAAAUCAUCAACCAUUAAAUCAACAUCAUUAAAGAAAUCUCAAUCAAAAUUACACUCCCAACCUCAACCUCAAUCUCAAUCUCAAUCUCAAUCUCAACCCCAAACUCAAACUCAAACUCAAACCCAAUCCUCAAAUGUAUCUCCAAAUGCAACUUUAAUUGCAAAAUCAGCUCCUUUAGAUCAUUCCUUAAGUUAUGGGUCUGUUAAUAAUGGUUCCCAACAAUGUCUUGUUGAUGAAGAAACCGGUUGUAAUUCCUCUGAUUGUUUACAUUAAUUAUUAUAGCAUCAAUUAAAACUUUUACAAAAUUCAAUUCAAUUUUCUCAUUUAUUUUUUUUUUCACUACUCCUUUGAUUUUUAUUUUUUUAUUCAUUUUUAUAUCCAUUAUUUCAAUUUUUCACUCACUCACUUAUUUUUUUUUCUUUUUUCUUUUCUCUUGCUAGUUGUAAUUAGUUGUUCAAUCACUAAUUUAUUAAUUUUUUAUAGUAUAAUAUAAUUGUACAUUUAUUUUUAUUAACCUAAAUCUAAAUAAAAAUCUUAU